AUGACCAAAAAAAGAAGGAAUAAUGGUCGUGCCAAAAAAAGCCGUGGCCAUGUGCAGCCUAUUUGUUGCACGAACUGUGCCAGGUGCAUGCCCAAGGACAAGGCCAUUAAGAAGUUCAUCAUUCAAAACAUUGUAGAGGCCGCAGCCGUCAGGGACAUUUCCAAAGCAAGUGUUUUCGAUGCUUAUGUGCUUCCCAAGUUCUAUGUGAAACUGUAUUACUGUGUGAGUUGUGCCAUUCACCGCAAGGUGGUCAGGAAUCGAUCUCGUGAAGCCAGGAAGGACCGAACACCCCCACCCCGUUUUAGACCUGCUGGUGCUGCCCCACGACCUCCACCAAAGCCUGUGUAAGGAGCUGGGUCCUUAAUGAGUGAAGAAAAGCUAUCAUCUGGAAAAAAAUAAAAUGGGAAUUAAAAUUAAAAAAAACAAAAAAGACACUGACAUUGGUAACUAAAUGGAUGGAUCACAAAGAACUACCACUCAAGAAGAUCUCAGUAACAAACUUUGUUUCCUG